CGAACGUGCGAAUUCAAGGUGUGAGGUGAUCGGAGCAGGCCGAAAUCACGUCGUGUCCGUGGGUCACCUGCGAAGUGGUACAAAUGGCACGCGUUUGAACAAGAUCAAAUACGAUGAUGCGCGAGUCGGACGAGUGCAGGAUGUAUACGAGUUCGUUGGAGACUCGUACAUUCCGUACGGACGCGCGCGCGAGAGAUUCUGUCGUCAAUAAGGACGGAGAAGUGCCGCUGAAUGAAUAACUUAUACAUGUCUUUCGAAUGGGAAGAAAGAACGAUGCGAGUGUGUGAUUGUAGGCGGAGCCAAUUUUUAAAGAGCAUCUCUUUGUACCUUCCUCCGUAUCGUUCGGAAGAAAUGCGCCUCUUACAAAAUACUGCUCGUACUUUGCAAUAAUUUUUGGACGUUGUCUAAAUUUGCGCGUUUAAUAAGACACAAAUGCGAGAAUAAUUUCAAGAUUGUACUAUAAAUUAUAAUUAUUCUCGCGUAUAUCUUGCUUCUAUGCUUAAUGGUCUAUUUAUACAUAUAUUGAAUGUUUACAUAUCAUAAAACAAUAAGGAAGGGAGGAGAAUAUUUAGCUUUUGACAAUGAAAAAGAUGCCUCUAAAGCAUUGGUAGUACAUUGGGACAAUAUAACUGUUGGUUAACUCUGAUAUUAUACACUCUCUGAGGUACUCCUUUUAUAAGCAUUGUUCAGCAUGGGUAACAUUUGGAGAAGCAUAAGAUUCAAGUACAUCUUUGUCUGCAUCCUGAUCACUUUUGUCACUUCCUGCAUAAUCAGCAUAGCACCCAUCAGCAUUGAUGAGUGCAAGUGUGAAACAAAUGCACAAGCAAAUCAACAUCUUAAACAAGUGACUGAUGAAGCUAGCAGACAGAAAAAAGCCUCUCAGCAUCGAUUGGCUAUAUUGGUGCCAUUUAGAGAUCGUUUUGAGGAAUUGCUGAUAUUUGUACCACAUAUGCAGAAAUUUCUGGACAAACAGGAUAUAAAUUAUCAUAUAUUUGUAUUGAACCAGGUGGAUAGAUAUAGAUUCAAUCGAGCAUCUCUCAUAAAUGUAGGCUUCCUUGAGACAGAAAAAGCAUUUGAUUAUAUUGCAAUGCACGAUGUAGAUCUAUUGCCCAUGAAUGAUCAGCUAUCCUAUGCCUUUCCAAGUAUAGGACCCUAUCAUAUAUCGUCACCAGACUUACAUCCCCGGUAUCAUUAUUACACUUUCAUAGGUGGCAUAUUGCUCAUUAAAAGAGAACACUUUCAACAAGUAAACGGCAUGUCUAACAAAUAUUGGGGCUGGGGUCUUGAGGACGAUGAGUUCUAUGUUAGACUAAAAGAGGCUGGUCUAAGUAUCAGUCGACCCCAGAACGUAUCAACAGGGACGCAUAAUACUUUUAAGCAUAUACAUGACAGAAAUCAUAGAAAGAGAGAUAUGGUGAAGUGCUACAAUCAACGAGAAGUUACUAGAAAACGCGACCGGCAGACUGGCUUGAAUAAUGUCUCGUAUAAAAUACUAGACACGAUUAAAAUGACUAUAUCAGAUACUCCCUUAACAGUGAUCAACAUUUCCUUGCAAUGUGAUAAAAUAAACACACCUUGGUGUGAGUGUGAGAAGUUAGUCGGAUCGAAGGAUAUGAAAUCAAAAGAGAAAAAGAAGGUUAAUAGUAGUAAAGUUGCUACUGGGUUGUAAUAGUAAUGCUAGUAAUUUAAAAGUGCUAAGUAAACUUAAUAUACUCGAGAAACAUUCA